CCCUGAAAUCUUCACUCCACUUGGAAUUCAUCUUCUUCUGCCAAACAACCUGCUUUUUAUCUUUACACCAGAGCCAACUCACUUCCUCCCUUUCUGCAUUUUUCAUCUGAUUCUCUCUGAUCCCUUCAACCCUCAAUUUCCCCUUAUCAUCACACCAUAAAUCUCAACCCUUUUCUCAUCUUCUUGUGUUGAUAAUCUUUUUUCAAGAACAAUCUUGUUGAUAAAUGAAACACCACAAAACCUUCCCUGCAUCAUCAUCACCCUCUCGACCUCAUGUUUCUGAACCAGUUCAUGCACUUCUUGAAAUCAAUGCACACACUCAGAAGGAAAGCUACAUCCUGUGAUCAUAGCCAUUGAAAAAAGAGAAGAUUUAAGCAAUCCUCCAAAAAGUAACAGUACCAAUACUAUUAAGAAGAAGAAAUGGCUGUGUCGUGUUUCAAUCCGUUUCGGCUGCGAAAAACCAAGAGCAAUAGGUCUCUAUCAUUUCCUUCAACCUCGAGGAUCGAAUCAGACAACAUGGAGCGGAAGAGAUUCGACAGCUUGGAAUCGUGGUCGAUGAUUCUGGACUCGGAGAAUGUGGAGACGUGGGAGGUUCCCAACGAGGAUCGGGAGGAGUGGACAGCGGAUCUCUCCCAGUUGUUCAUAGGCAAUAAGUUUGCUUCUGGGGCCCACAGCAGAAUCUACAGAGGAAUCUACAAGCAGAGAGCUGUGGCAGUUAAAAUGGUGAGGAUUCCCACUCACAAGGAGGAGACUCGAGCUCUGCUCGAGCACCAGUUCAAGAGUGAGGUUGCUCUUCUUUCCCGUCUGUACCAUCCUAACAUCGUCCAGUUCAUUGCUGCGUGCAAAAAGCCGCCGGUAUACUGCAUCAUCACAGAGUACAUGUCACAGGGGACUCUGAGGAUGUAUCUGAACAAGAAAGAGCCCUACUCCCUCUCAGUCGAGACGAUUCUGAGACUAGCCCUCGACAUAUCAAGAGGGAUGGAGUAUCUCCACUCACAGGGCGUGAUACAUAGAGAUCUCAAGUCGAACAACUUGCUUCUGAAUGAUGAGAUGCGCGUGAAGGUUGCAGAUUUUGGGACGUCGUGUUUGGAGACACAGUGCAUGGAGGCCAAGGGAAAUAUGGGGACUUACCGCUGGAUGGCGCCUGAGAUGAUCAAGGAGAAGCCUUACACGCGCAAGGUUGAUGUAUAUAGCUUCGGGAUUGUGCUGUGGGAACUCACAACCGCUCUGCUCCCGUUCCAGGGGAUGACACCCGUGCAGGCUGCCUUUGCUGUGGCUGAGAAGAACGAGAGGCCGCCGUUGGCAGCAAGUUGCCAGGCAGCAAUCGGGCACCUAAUAAAGAGAUGCUGGGCAGCCAACCCGUCGAAGAGACCGGAUUUUAGUGAGAUAGUGUCGGCAUUGGAAAAGUACGAUGAAUGUGCGAAAGAGGGGCUUCCUCUGACGCUGCACUCGGGCUUAGUUAGCAAAAACGCCAUCAUCCAACGCUUGAAAGGAUGCGUAUCGAUGAACUCAUCCGUACCUGUACAUGCCUGACAUCUACACAUGCCAUUAUUUUGCUAUUCUAAGUCGCAUACAUUUCUUGUUGCCCAUAUGUAUAUUUAACUCUUGUGGCAUGAAUAAUUUCAUGUUACAUUACUAAUAACUACUAGUAUU